GGUUUAUAAAAAUAGGAUUAAAUCAGGCGGUUGACAUUAGUCUAUCGGGCCGUGCGCAGCUAUUGUUGCCUCCUUCCAGUGCACCACUGGAAAACCCUUCACCUACCUUCUUUUCGCCCUUCCGCCAUGUCACCAGCUUCUCCAUCUCUCCCUUCUACUGAUUCCCAGCUUACGUGGAGGAAGCGGAAGCGAGAUAGAAAUCCUAAGCGCCAGCAGAAGCGCCAUGACGAGGAUCAUGAAUACGAUGAGGACGCUGAGCCUGCGGCGGCCGGCGAUGAGGACGAUGAGUUUGAUAAAGACUCACGCGGCCCCAACCGCAAUGCCGACAAUACCUUCGAUCCGCGACAUAGCGAGAUUCUCUCCGAUGUUGGCCAGCGGAUCUGCGACUUCCCCGUCGUCAUCCGCCGCACUGUCAGCCGGCCGCACGCCGCCGUUGUCUCUCUUGUGGUUGCAGAAAGGCUGCAAUCCUCGGGCGCUUCAUCUUGCGGUGGUGCGGCCAACGUUGCCUUUCUUGAAAAUAUCUCCCACGGCCAACUUCAGGUCCUCUCUUCGGUUCUUCCGGACCACCCUUCUCUCCAUCCACCGGACAUUGACAAACCCUCAUCUUAUGUUUGCACGCCUCCCGUUUUAAUGGAAGGCAAAGGGGUCAUGAAGCGGUUUGGGAACGAUCAAGUUCUCAUUGUCCCUAUGCAUUCUGAUUGGUUCUCUUCAACCACUGCACAUCGGCUUGAGAGACAAGUGAUACCUCACUUCUUCAACGGGAAGUCAGUAGAGCACACGCCUGAAAAGUACCUGGAUUUAAGAAAUAAGAUAAUUGCUAAGUAUAUGGAAAAUCCUGGCCGGAGGCUUUCACUUGCAGAUUGCCAGGGGCUUGUCGCAAGUAACGAGCUAUAUGAUCUUAGCAGGAUAGUGAGGUUCCUGGAUCACUGGGGGAUAAUCAAUUACCUCUCUGGUUCCUCUGUUCAUCGAGGACUUAGGAUGGCUGGGUCUCUUCUUACAGAGAAUGCCAAUGGUGAGCUCAUUGCACACAUUGCACCAUUGAGAUCCAUUGAUAGUUUGAUUUUAUUUGACAGGCCUAAAUGUAGCCUCAAACUAGAUGAUAUAGCCUUUUUGCGAACCUCUUCAUCUUCCAUAGAAUCAGUUUCUUGUUUCGGUGAUCUGGAUGUUAGGAUUCGUGAAAGGUUGUCUGAACAUGUCUGUAGCAACUGCUCCAAGCCAUUGCUUAACUUAUUCUAUCAAUCCCAGAAGGAG